CUCACGUCUCACACAGGUCAUCUAUUCCGCCCGGGACACGGCCCAGCUCUCCAGGUAGCCUCACCUGUUUGUCCAACAGGCCUCAGCUGUCAAAUGCCCGCAGAAGCACCGAAGGGAGAGAACUGUCUGGUCGACAUGGAGAGUAAAGGGGGGGAUCUGUUCAGCGCUGAAGAUGCUCACCCAACUGGAACAGGGGGAGCUGGAAUCUUGGCAAAACUCGGUCUACCGAAAGGUUUCUCCCCCAGCAUGGCCAAGGAGUGGCUCGACAGGCGGCGGUUGUCCAUCAGGCCGUGGGCCAGCUUCGUUGACCAGCGCAAGUUUUCCAAACCCCGGAAUUUUGGGGAAUUCUGCCAGCGAGUGGUGAAAAAUGUGGAGGUUUACAACAGCAACUACACCUUCAUCUUUCUGGGUCUCAUUCUUUACUGCAUCAUCAGCUCCCCAAUGUUGCUCAUCGCUCUGGCUGUGUUCGUCGGAGCCUUCUAUGCCAUUCACCUCAAAUCUCUGGAGUCCAAACUAGUCAUUAUGGGCAAGGAGCUGACCACCCCUCACCAGAUGGGCUUGGCUGGAGCCGUGUCUCUGCCUGUGUUCUGGCUGGCAGGAGCUGGGGCUGCUGUGUUUUGGGUUCUGGGAGCGACUCUGUUUGUGAUCGGUUCCCAUGCGGCGUUCCGAGAGCUGGAAGGGUCCGACAUGGAGGAGCUGCUGAUGGAGCCAGUGUGAAGAGGAGCAGCUGGUGGAUCAGUCCUUUUUAUUUCUUAUUUCUCUUACUGCCUUGUGAUUAUCGCAGCGACGGUCAAGUGAAUGUGGCUCCAGUUAAUUUCCUGCGCGCCGUCUUCCAUUUACCCCGGCAGCCUCGCCUGCAAUCCUGUUACAAACUGGUUAUUUCUUUUAGCUCCCAUCUGGAGUGCUGGAGCACAUUCUCAUUGUCUGCCUUCUUUCUCGGAAUAUUUUGUAAAUGGGACACUACUCUAACACUUAAAUCAUCCACGAGCUAUAGACUUCAAAAUACAAAUGCUUGAUUUUAAAUUUCUUUAUCGUGCCAUAUUGCGACAGAAUGGCAAUAAUAUUCUUCAUGUGGUCAAUUUUAUAAAAAACAUAUCUAAUUGAAUUCACUAAAAUGUGAAGAGAAACCCGGAAAGGUCACAGCAUAUUGUUUUAUUCAUUGGCAUGUGUCAUCAUCUGUAACCACCAUCAUGAAAGCUUUCACAUAUUUAAAUGACAAACUGGUUGUGCAAUAAACUUGUCAAGUAAA